GCUCUUUCUCAGCUGCGCUCCUUUAGUUGUUGUUACGUGACUUCACUCUUCAAGGCGCGCAAUUGCCACCGCACCAAACAGGAAGCUGCCUGGAUAGUCUUAUUCCAACAGGAACAAUUGACAGGCGGCAGACUGACACCUCACCGCUCCCUCGUUCUGAGCGACUGUCAAGCUUCCCUGUCCCAGUCUUUACUGUGCCGACAUUCAACCUCCAGCGCGUUCAUCUUUUCCGAUGCAAGCUCCUCUCGCUACUCUUCGUUUUGUAUUUUUAAGCCACGUCUAGAGCUAAAUCUGCGAAGAAUAUUGUUUGGGCCCUGAAACAUUCGCUUGCUUGACUUGAGCUUUCCUUUCUGGACUAACAUCGCUUUCCAUAGGCAUGCAGAUACGACCUUUCUUACUGUCGGCACUCAUGCCAUUCGCGGCGUCGACACAGAAAAUAGCCAAUGUUGACAACGUCGAAUGGAACGACGACCUAUGGAUGAUCACGUCCAAGCAACUUGAUCAAGGCCAUUAUCAAUCUCGGAUGUCACUUGCAAAUGGCUACCUAGGCAUCAAUCUUGCGGCUCUCGGUCCGUUUUUUGAAGUCGACACGCCUGAUGCCUUCACGAACAAUUACAAUGGCUGGCCGCUUUUCAACAUACGACAGACAUUUGCGACAAUAGCUGGAUUCUACGAUAUUGAUGACAAGGACGGAGGAACAAACUAUCCCUGGCUGACCCAAUACGGCGGGGAUAGCUUCUUGAGUGGCAUCCCACACUGGGCGGGACUGAUCGUGGAAGUCAAUGGCGCUAUUCUCAACGCUUCUACGAGCCGGGAUGAGAUUGACAGAUUCUCGACAAGACUCGAUAUGAAGAGUGGCAUCCUACACUGGCAGUUCGACUGGUACCCUACGAACGACCCUGAUACCUUUAUCAACGUUCGGUACGAAAUGUUUGUACACAAGCUCCACAUCAACCUGGCUGCCGUCCAGGUCAGACUCGAACCAAAUCGCGAUGUUAACGUCACCGUGUACGAUGUCAUCGACGGCAUCAGCGCCGUCCGCGCCGACUUCGUGGACAAAGGCUAUGAAGAAGAUUCACCUACCAUCUGGUCUGCGGUUAGGCCGCACAAUGUCACCAAUGUCAUAGCGUACGUCGUUUCGACGCUGCAAUGUGAUCUGUAUGAAACACUCGAUACGCGAUCGGAUGUCGACGACGACAUUUUCAGUAGCAUGCACAUAUCGUCCAUAGGACAGUCAGUUCAUGUGGAGCUGGAGCGCGGUCAUAUCUCGUUUAUUAGCAAAUACGUCGGAGUAGCUUCUUCGGAUGCAUUUGAGGAUCCGAAGACAAUUGCGAUGGAGGCGUCGCUUUCAGGAGCUUACGCAGGGUUCAGGAACCUCGAACACUCACAUAUCGAGGAAUGGCAAUCUAUCAUGACAGAUGAUUCCGUGGACAGGUACAACAAUCCUGAUGGCACCCUACCUGAAGACCCGCGCAUCCGAGAACUGCAAAUUACGUCUGUCACCAAUCCGUUUAUGAUUCUUCAGAACACGAUUGGUCCAAAUGCGCUCGCCGCAGCGGGAUACAAUCCUCGCCUAAACAUCCAUAGCAUACCUGUAUGCGGCCUCGGAUCCGAUUGCUACGGCGGGUUAAUAUUUUGGGACGCCGAGACAUGGAUGGCACUGGGUUUGCAGCUAUCUCAUCCUCAGCACAUUGAAAAUAUCGUCAACUAUCGCGUUGAAAUGUAUCCGCAGGCAAAAGACAAUGUUAAGACUGCUUUUGCCUCCUCAAAGAACCAGACAGGCAGGUUCACAGGUGGAUGUGUUUUUCCGUGGACCAGUGGGAGAAUUGGUAACUGCACAGCCAGCGGGCCAUGCUUCGACUACGAAUACCAUAUCAAUGGAGAUAUCGCUAUAGCCUUCCGCAACCAAUGGAUUGCAACUGGAGAUGCCAAACAGUUCAACGAGACGUUCCUUCCGAUCGCGAAUGAUAUUGCCUAUUUUUAUAGCGAGCUGGUCGAUUACAACGAAACUUCAGGAUACUACGAGCUGAUGAAUGCCACCGAUCCAGACGAAUAUGCAAACAAUGUCAACAACGUUGGCUUCACAUCGGCACUGAUUCAACGGACUCUGAACGAAACAAAUGAAUUCAACAGCUUGUUUGGCCUACCCCAGAAUGAAACUUGGAACAACAUCUCUGCACAGAUGCGUCUGCCCGUCCAUGAGGAGGCUGGUAUUAUAAUGGAGUAUGGUUCUAUGAACGGAUCAAUAGUCGUCAAACAGGCGGAUGUUGUUUUGAUCGACGACAUACUCAAUUAUGAGAAUCCCUACAGUCUUACAGAUCUUGACUACUACGCAAACAAACAAUCGCCGGACGGGCCUGGUAUGACUUACGCUACCUUCAGCAUUGUCGCUAACGAGAUAUCGCCGUCAGGAUGUUCGAGCUACACGUACAACCAUUACUCCUCGCAACCGUAUGCUCGAGCUCCAUGGUUCCAAUACUCCGAGCAAAUGGUUGACAACGUCAUAUUGAACGGUGGCACACAUCCUGGUUUCCCUUUCCUCACUGGCAUGGGUGGCGCAAACCGCAUUGGUAUCUUCGGGUACCUCGGUCUCCGCAUGUUCGUUGACAAGCUCGACGUCGACCCUUCUCUUCCACCCCAGAUACCCUAUCUGAACUACCGCACAUUCUACUGGCAAGGGUACGGCAUCAACGCCACCUCCAACGCCACCCACACCACACUCUCCCGCCUGCCCGAGAAGAUCCUCGACACCGCAAACCCCGCGUACGCAUCCAGCAUUCCCGUAACCCUAGGAACGCGUCGCGGCUCUUACACGCUCAAACCCGACGAGGCACUCGUCCUGCCGAACCGUAUGCUCGGCCAGACGCUCACAGCAGCCGGCAACAUCCUCCAGUGCAGGCCCGUCGUCCCGAACCCCUACUCCGUCAGUCUGCCUGGCCAGUUCCCUAUCGCCGCUGUCGACGGCGCGUCUUCAACCAAGUGGCAGCCUGAAAACCCCACGCGCGUGAGCUACCUCACCGUCGACACCCAGGCCACGACUUUUGGGCCCAUCGCACACAUCCUGUUCGACUGGGGCGCGCAGCCGCCCGUGUACUUCGAGGUCCUGGUCUCCAACUCCUCGGUCCCGACCAAGGAGGAUGGCUUCGCUGAUGAGGAUCUCGGCGAUGUAAGAUACGUCACGCAUGCGAUUGUGCAGGUCAGCGAGCCGUGGAAUCCGGAGCGCGCGACGGUGAUUGAGCCCGUCAAGGGAAACCAGACUAAUGUCACGCUGUUGGGGGAGGAACGCGUGUGGAGCGGGCGGUUUGUGCAUCUCGGUAUUCGUGGGAACUUGGCGAAUGCGACGGCGCUUGCGGGGGGGACGGUGGCGGAGUGGAGUGUGAUUUUGGAGCAGAGGGAGGAGGGAGGUGAGGAUGGAGCGCAGGGAGAGAAUGAGCAAGGGGACGAGGAGAGGGUCAGGCCGUUGGUGCACAAGCUUUGGCAGGCGAUAAAGCAGAUUGUACUUUGAUGAAUGGGUAGAUGGAGCUUCAGCGGGGGUGGGGGCUCGUUAGAUGACUUGAUGUAGAUGGAAUUAGCGUUGCAUAUCGUUCCCCU